GGGCAUUAACAGAGCUGCUAUUGCGAUCGCAAAAUAUUUGCUCGCACUCUUUUUUUGAAUCAAAUCGAAAGUUUAAAUAAAUAAAAGUGCCUUUAAAUAUAAUAAAUGUAGACCUGUGCAAUGUCUACAACAAUUAUAUGUUGUUGGCAAUAGUUAAAGAGGUUUUGCAGUUGCCGCAUGCUGAAAAUAAACAUAGCGUGUAAAAUGUUUAGCUGCUGCUGCUGCUGCUGCUGAUUCUCUGUGUUGUGGCUGUGUCUUGUCUGUGUGUGCGUGGGCUGUUCAAAGGCGCUUUAAGAACAACAACAACAAUAACAAGAGGAAGCCAAAUUCAUUGCUGGGCGCAGUUCUCUCCAACAUUAAUUGUCUGAAAAAAUGACACAAGAACUGCCACCAAUCGUACUUAAAGGCAAGGAUUUGAUCAAAUAUCGGUGUUUGCUACGCAAAUAUCCAGUUUCGCGAGAAUUUCUGCAUCGUAACUGGGGAAAUGCGAAGCGCUUUAUCAUCUAUGCCCUGAAUCCGCGCUGUGUAUUGCGCAAUUAUGCGUGGCGUAAGCGUAAUAAUCGCAUAGUCAUCAUACGGCGUGCCCGUCUCCUGCUCUUCGAUCCGCGUCUGAAGCGCAUGAUCAAACGCCGCAAGGCAAACAUCAAGCAAUGGUCUUCGAACAUUGUGCGACACUACAGGAAAAUGGGUCACAUUACGGAGUACGAGGAGACGGAACUGUACGGCGAGGAGUUGUCCAAGCAGAUGAAACAACAGCUGGAGUUGCUGAAGAAUACGAAACGUGGCAUAUCACUGAUCGAGGAUGCCAACAAAAAUGUCGAAUUGCGUCUAGACAAAGAAGAUGAAAGUGCAACAGAGCAGCGCGAAAAGAAGGAGGAAAAGGAGGAGCAAGAAGAGAAAGCUGAAGAAACAACAACAUCACCAGCAGCAGCAGAAACUAAAGAAGUGUCCGAGAAGCCAAAGGAGUCCAUGACAGCCAUCAUCGAACCGCUGCCAACCGCUAAGGUGCAGCCCAUAAGCGCAACUGCAGAAAAAGGGCCUGAAAAGUCACCGGAAAAAUCAGGAGGUAGCAAAUUCUUAGACAUGCUGAUGAACAAAGUGCGCGUUAAGAAUUUUGCCAACGAGUCGAACUUUCCCGUGGUGAUAACUAGUGAAUUACCCAGUAUUAAACCCACAACAGCUGAGCUGGAUAACGAUUUCAGCUUUAAUGAUGACACCAGCGAGGAUUUUGUGGGCUUCGAUGAGACGGCACAUCAGCCGGGCAUGCUGCUCACUCCGCUGGUGCCACAGAGCUGCAAGACCGUGGAAGGCAACUCGGCCUUUGUCAGCGAGGCUCUCGAGGCGUACAUGAAGAAGAAUAACCUGCGCGAAUCCAGCCUAGAUGAUCGGGAGCGUCUGCUGGAGCCAAUGUAUCAGGAUGGACGCGUGACGGCGCACAGUGUACCGCCGUAUAUGGAUAUGCCGGCGGUGCCGGACAGCUUGCAACGUCUGCGCACUGUGGCCGAUCGACGGCACUAUUUGCAACGCUCCAAGAAUCAAAAGAUGGCCAUCAUCAACAACGAGGCAAACAUCUACCGGGAGCUGCAACGCAAGCAGCGUCAGCGAAAGGUAAAAGUGGCAGCCAUGCAGCAGUUGCAAUCCUCCGGCUCCGCAAUGCCCUUCACCCGACAGGGCUGGCAGGCGGCCAGUUAUGUGGCCACAGAUAGUGAGAAGUAUUACUAUCAGGUGGUCCGGAUCGAUGGCGAAAUGGUGCGUCUCUCGGGCAGCCAGGGCAACAACACAAAGCGCGAGAAGAAGCCGCAUCGUAGUCAACUGACUUCCCAGGAACUAUCCAAGGUGAAAUGCAAUCGCCAUUGCAUGGAUGCGCAUCUUAGCAAUGAGAUUAAGGUGCAGCCCACACGGCCGUGCCUGGGCAAUGGGAAAUUGCAGAAACUCAAUCAGUAUCCAUUGCCAGCCAUAUUCAGACCCUGCCCGCUCUCACAGAAGCCGUUCCAGAAGCCACUGGACGAUGAUACGGCCGCCUUGUUGCUAGCCGGCGGCAGCAUGGCCGUUGUCAGCAUGCCCACAGUGCAGCUGGAUGUGAAGCCGCAGCUGGGACGACCACUGGAUGAUAUAGCCAAACGUUAUCUCCAGUACAUAUUGCCGCAUCAUGAUAUUACCCGCGAGUGGGCCGAGUUCAGUGUGUCCACGCUGCAGGAGUCGCCCAAUAGCAUGCGCGAGGCGGAGGCACAGGCGGAGGCGCAGACGCCUUCGACGGGCAGGAGAAGGAGCUUCACUUUUGUGAUACCCUAUCUUAAUGAUCGCAAUCACAUACUCGUCCGCCGUGUCGUCGAUCGUUCCGAGCAGCUGGACGACAGUUUCAGUGCCGCCCAGCCGCCAGAGAAGCUGCAGGAGUUUCAGUUUCACAAGGAGCUGUCCGAUUCACCAGAUCCCAUCGAGUUGGCCUGUGCGGAUAUGAUCAAUGACAUGAUCAACACGGUGGCCAUCAGCUGCAGCGAGAAUUCCUUCAUUAGCGUUGAUCCCGAUGCCACAAGCUGCGUCAUCACAGAGAUUAGUCCCGCCAAAGAGGAGGCUGGAGAAGCAGCCGGCAAGACAGAUAAACCGAAUGGCAAAUUGGCCAACAACAAGACAACUCAGCAACGUCGUCCAAAUAAACAACAGCGUUUGGCCAAGGAGCUGCGUCGUCUCAAUGCCACCAUCAUCGAUGCAGGCGCCAUUGCCAAGGAUGCCACUAAACCUUGCAUCAAGGAACACUGCCAGCUGGGUUGCCUGUGCGAGAGUCUGAUCGGGGAAUUCCCUCUCCGUGAGCACUGUGGACGUGCAGACUGCGUUCUGGAAUGCCGCUGCACGGGAGCGGAGCUAACACGCAUUAUGCGAGUUGAGACGGAUGGGCGUGGCCUUUCGAAUGAGGAUGCCUUCAAUUUGCGGCGCCAGGCGACGGCACGUUUGGCCAAAAUGGAAAAGGAUUUCACGUCCACUCUGGUGCUGACGGACAACGAAACGUUGCUGAUCAACGAGACGCAGUGCGACAAGAAACGACGCUGCACCAAGGCGCCCAAACGCUACGAGGACUUUGACGAUUCCAUUGAGGAUGAUGAUGAUCUGGUGCGUCCUAGCAAAGCCUCAAAGCGUGAGAUUAGCAGCAGUGCUAAACGGUCACGUGGCAGUCCCGAGAGUGGAAGUGGCAACUUUGCCACAUUGCCAUCCCUGGGGCCACCUUGUAAUGUCAAGGACACGGAUUUCAUGCAGCUGAAGCAUUGCCAAGUGUCGCUGCGUCGUCUGCCCGAUGUGCACAAUUUGGCCAGCUUUUGCAUGGUCCACCAGCUGUAUAAAUGUUUCUGCGGCGGACUUGCAGUGGAUGGCAAGCCGGUUAUCAUUGAAAAGGAGGAAUCCGAUGUUGCAAUUACUCCCUAUGUGCCGGAACUCGCCACACGCGCUCAUUACAGCUUCGAGCGCGCCCAGGAGGAGCCGCAGCCGUCCAAAAAGCGACGCAAGGAGAAGCCACAGCCACAACAGCAGCCUAAGACGCAGAAGAGCAUACCACCGCCCAAGACAACGCCAGCUGCUCCAGCAGCAAUGCCCGCCCCACAGCCGCCACCACCACCAUCACCAUCACCACCACCAAAAGUGACGACGCCGCCACCAACCGUCAAGACUGUGAUUUCGCCGCAAAGACCCGCUGAGCUGGACAUCAUCUUUAGCUACUUUCGUUCCCGUCCGCAUCUCUGUCGUCGUGUCAUCUCCGUGCCCAGAAACUGCUAUGUACGUCUAAAUCGACGACGGAUUGAGCGCACGGCUUCGGAGAUAAAGCGCAGUGAGACGCCGCAAACUCAGGAGCUGCUCAAUAAACGGAUCGCCAACGCGGUGCGCUUCUAUCGCUCUGAAUUGGAUCAGCAGCGACGCUUGGAGCGGGAGGGGAAGCUGCCAGGGAAGAAGCAGGAGGAGCCAUUUGUCAUUGUCGUCCGAGAUGAUUCCGAUGAGAGCGAAGCGUGCAAUGUUGUGGCACACAAACGAGUCGCCGAGGAGGAUUCCAACGUUGAGAUGCUGCCAAAACGUAGGAGGCAGUUGCUUGCACCCGCUGAGGAAGCUAAGCCCAAGCAACAGCAACAAUCCGUGGUGCAAUCCGCACCCAACCCAGAAAUUCAAAUGCCUAAAAUAUCUUCCUGCUACUCAUUGAAUAAAAACGCUCCCGCGAUGGAUUUGGGAGGAGAUAUUAGCGAUAGAACCGACUCCUCCGGUAGCUUGGAGAAUACCUCGUCCAUGGACUCCAAUUUCCGUGCAUCCUACAAUGAUGUCAUCUUGAAAAUGAAUGCGCAUGUGAGCAAGAAAAUGCAGGACAUCGAUCUGGCGCUGCAGCGUGAGAGUAAAAUAAUUCCAUCUCCCAAUGAGGACAUUCUGUGCAUCAUCAAAUGGACAAACUUUUUGGCUGCCUUCGAGUCGGAUUUUGUGUUCAUCUGGGAUGUGCAAAUGAAGAACUACAGUUUCCUGGCGGCGACCAUCACAAACAUGAUGCCAGCGGUGUGCGGUGCCAUUGCGGUUGUGAAUACCCGCUUUGCUCCCGAUCCCCGCAGCUUGUGCCUGAUGGCACGCAUGUUGCUGGAGAGCAAACGCAACGAGAACACUGGACACUUGGCGGUGGUUAUGCAGGGCAGGCAGCAGUAUUGGCUGGUCAAGGGUUUCCUUCGCCAUAUGGAGGGAAAUGCGUGCACGAAGCCAACGCCACAAACUCAUCCCAUCUUGACCAAGAAAAUCAAUGUACUCUGCUCGCUGAUGGUCAAGCAGAAGAUUAGGGAACAGCAAAAGCAGCAACAGAUGAUGGCAACCAACUCGGCCUCAUCUUCAGCUUCAGCAACUCCAUCGUCAGUGGUGACUCCAUCUCCAGUCAUGACUCCACCUCCAGUCAUGACGCCAUCUUCUGUCGUGACUCCAUCUCCCGACGCGUUGCCAACCACAUCCACAUCCAGUGGAACAGCAUCCCAAAACAAGGAGACAGCUCUUAUCAUACGCAGCAACAUUGAGUUCCGUAAGGUGCAUCAAGGUGAUGUGUGCUCUCUGCAAAUUCCAGAGCUACAUCCCCAUGAUCAUCGUUGGGUGGUGCUGAAUCUCUAUGAUGACUUCUCGCACAUCUUUGUGCCUGCCUUCAGGGACAUGAUCUCAUUGGAUCGCAUCUACCAAGUGGUUCGAGCUGCACACGAUUCCAAGAAAGUCAUCAAAUUGCAAUUCUUCAAGGAUGCACCCUACGAUGCCUUUGUGACGCCCUCGUCCAAACGUAAAAUAUACUUUGGACCACUGCCCUUGGACACGGAUGCACCUGUCCUAGUGCUGCUCCAGAGUGUCGAUGGCAAGAUGAUGCUGCGGGAGGUCUAUCAGCGGGAGCACAACAUUAAAGUGCAGCCCGACAGACGGACAAUGGCAUUUUGGGUGCUCCAAAUCAAUAAACAGGUGCACUUUGAGAUUGACUUGUCGUCGACGUCGGAUAUGCUGACCAAGAAGGAGGAGACGAUUGGAUUAAUUGGAGAGCAGCAAUUGCAGCUCUUGAAUUCUAAAGACAAACAAGAUGCAGCUAAUGAUGAUGAUGGUGAUGAUGCUGACGACGACGACGACGAUGACUGCAUGAUCAUUGAUGAUGAUGAAGUUGAUGGUGAUAAUGAGAAGCAUUUGGAGAAUACAGAGCAGAUUCAAAAGGAGCAGCCAAAAGUGAAACAGGAGUUGCCUCAGGAGCAGCCGAAACAACAACAACAACGCAUCAACUUUACCAUACAAUCAUUGCAGAACAAUGGAGGUGGCCUGCAGAUAACGACGGCAGCUCCAAGUGCAGCCAACAGUGGAUCAAUGGCAAACGGAUUCUUGCCAUUUAUUGCCAAUGUGCCCGCUACGGGGAAGACAGCGCCCAAUACACAAUUUCUAACACCUCAAGUGCAGGUCACACAAACCGCUGCAAUGCCCACUGUGUCCAGUCGAAGUGAGGCGAAUAUCGAGGCGACAAUACCGGCCAAGAUUAGCCGCAUCUCGGUGCAACGUUGCCCUGCAGCAACAACUGCUGCAACGGGAACAGGAACGGGAUUGGCAACGGCAACGGCAUCGGGAGUUGCAAUCAAGGAAGGACCGUCACCCAUCAAGAUCAAUGAAUCACUGCAGCAGCUGCUGAGCGGCGGCAAUGGGAAUAUCAAACUUGGUACUGGUUCCACAGGGGUUACCAUAACCAAGCUAAUGACAAAGGAUGCAACUGCAGCAGCGGAAGCAACUACUUUGACUAUGGAGCCCAUUAAAAUUGGAGCCAAACGCAAGACGACAGAAAAAUCCGCCAUGUCUUCCACGAUUCCAGCCGCAGCUGCAGACGAGCAGACGGAAUCUUCGAUUAGAGCACCUACGAUUCUGAAGCAAACAGCCACCACAAUAUCCAUUGGGAAUUUGCCGAUGCGUCAGGUGCGUCCGUUGCCAGCAAAAUUGCAACAAUUGGCGGCUGGACGCAAAUCGUUGCCCAGUAAACAGCCCGGAGCGAAUGAGCCAAGACAAUCGCUGCCUGCGAAGCUGCCAGGAACAGUGACCACUGCCAGGACACCAGAGCAGCAGAAGAUUGCAUCUUCGGCCUCAACGGUGAAUCCGAGUAAAGUCAGCUAUGGCUUUCUGGUGGCCAAGAAUUUGCCACGAUACAGGGUCAAGGUGAUGGACUGCAAGUUGAUUAUCAAGAUACCUGAUGAAGGUGUCCGUGCGUUCAAGAGUUGCUCCGCCGCCAGUUUCUAUCUAAAUCGCUACUUGUCACGUACUGGAAAGCACCAAUCAUUUCUGCCAGGAGAGUGGAAGUUUUUACCGGUUGAGAAUUCUACACAAAAAGCAAUACAACAGCAACAACAACAACAAAAGCCAUUAAAGAACCUAUCAUCGGAUCCGAUACCAGCACCCAUUAUAAUCGAAGAUUAAUCAAAAGUAUUAGAAACUCAGUUUCUACAACACACAACAAAAUACCCGCGCAACACUUAAAAUAGAAUAACUCAUAACAUAUUAAAUAUGUAGAAUAUUAAUAUUAAAUUAAAUAGGUAACAUGAAUUAUUUUAGUUCGUUAAUUAUGAGAAGUUAAAAUUUUUUUUUAAAUUUACAAUUUCUUGUUUUGUAACAUGAGAGGAAGACGGUGAAGGAGAUUAAACAAGAGCGAGAGAGCACAAAAAUAAACAGAACAAUGAAAAUUCCA